CGAAUACAACAAGUCCUACACUUAUUUGAUUGGCAUCCCACCAAUAAACCGUCAAUACAAUCAUCUUUACCAAAGACAAUCAUCUUGGAAAGCAUAAUAUGACACCGGGUAAACUGUGAUCAGUUUAGUCACCUACAACUUUUUACAAGUCAACUUUGUCAUUUUACACGUGCAGUUGCUAAAACCGUAGCUACCACCAAGCGGAGAAUAGCUGAAGUACACCACCAGCAGCACAUGAAUGCAUGGAGCGACCCCUCGUUAAAAUUUAACCGUCAAAACAGUGCACGUAAACAUAAACAACGCACAUGCACAUGCUAUCGGGUGGUUUCGCAAGUGGGUGGCAGACAAAGUUCAGUGCAUAAAGUUCAAUCAGAGGUCAUUCGUAGUUGUAUUUUAACUGUUACCUAAAUAAUUUGGUAAAUUGCUGCUUAAUUAUGGAAUUGGUAGGAAACGUCAAAACGUACGACUGGGGCAAGCUGGGAGGGGAGUCAUUUGUGGCCAAGCUGGCCACCGCGAAUGACCCGAACUUCCGAGCCGAUCCCAAUCAACCGUACGCCGAGCUGUGGAUGGGGGACCACUGCAGCGGUCCGUCGUAUAUUCGUGGCUCGGGGGAAGAACUGGGAAAGCUCCUGAGUCAGGACCUGGUGGGAAACAUAGGCCCGAGUCGGGAUCGGCUUUCUUAUCUGUUCAAGGUCCUUAGCAUUCGAAAGGCGCUGAGCAUUCAAGUUCAUCCCGAUAAGGCCGAAGCAGAAAAGCUCCACGCUCAAUUUCCAGACAUUUACAAAGAUCCCAACCACAAGCCAGAACUGGCAAUAGCUUUAACAGAAUUUCACGCUAUGUGUGGAUUUCGCCCCUACGAGGAGAUUUAUCAGCUCGUAUCCGGAUGGCCACAACUUGUACAACUGCUUGGUGAAGAUAAAAUACGACAGUUGAAAUCCGGAGGGGAAGAUUCUCUCAAAGAGCUAUACUCCAAUUUGAUGCAUAGUAAACAUGAACAACUGGAGCAGUGUAUAUCCAGUAUGGUUGGUGACAUCAGAUCGAAAUCGGACCGCUCAUCACUGGACGAUUUGUUCCUGCAGUUAUACAAAGAUUUCUCAACAGAUGUUGGUCUGCUGUCCAUCUAUUUCUUGAACGUUCUUCAGUUGAAGCCUGGACAAGCGAUCUACCUUCCGGCAAAUGUGCCUCACGCUUACCUCUCUGGCGACUGCAUCGAGUGUAUGGCUUGUUCUGAUAAUGUAGUUCGAGCAGGGUUAACGCCCAAGUUCAAAGACGUUGACACCUUGUUGAGAUUGCUAAGCUACGAGGGCAGUCCAGCCGAUUCCAAAAUUUACCAGCCGGUUCAACUAGAUGGCCAAAACCAACCCUAUACUAGGACCUUCAUUCCGUCUGUGUUAGAUUUCGCAGUGGCUGAGUUGAAAAUUCCGCCCGGAAGCUGUUCUGAAUAUGUCAUUGGUAAUCGCCCAAGCGGCUGUAUUCUGUUGAUUUGUUCUGGUAAAGGACAGCUGGUCUGUUCUGGAGGUCAGCAAAUUGAACUGAAUUAUGGAAAAAUUGUGUUUGUGCCUGCCAAAUAUGGCGUAAAUUUAAAAUUAGUGUUAAAGGAUGCAAGUAGCGAAUUCGUCGCCUAUCAAGCCAUGAGCAAUGAUUUCUGAAUAAGUACCUAAACGAAGAAAAUGUUGAAAAUGAACUAGUUUGAAUGAUAUAAUACUGCCUAUGAGGAUUACUUUUUGUUUUUAUGUUUACUUUUCGCUCGGUAUAAAACGCAAAAGCACUGGGGAUGAAUUGAGUCCAGCUUUAUUUUUGGUUGUUAUCUUAAUUGCAAUGGUAAUCAAGAAUAAAAUACCUGUUAGAAAAACUA